AUGGACUCCGGCGCGCUCCUACCUCAAGGUGAUCCGUCCACCGUCAUCAAACCCGGUGGCGGGGGCGGAUGGCCGGCCGCGCUCUUCCUCAUCGCGGUGGAGUUCGCGGAGCGCGUGGGGUUCUACGGCGUGAACGGCAACCUGAUCAUGUACCUCACCGGCCCGCUGGGUCUGACCACCGCGGCGGCGGCUGCCGGCGUGAACGCGUGGGCUGGCACCGCGUCCAUGCUGCCGCUCCUCGGCGCGCUCGUCGCCGACUCCUGGAUCGGCCGGUACCGUGCCGUCGUGGCCGCCGGCGUCCUCUACCUCGUGAGCUUUGGGAUGCUGACGGCCUCAUCCAUGGCACCAACACCUCGCCCUCACGAACCAACUGCAUGUCAAGACGCAUCCGCCGCCUGCUCGCCCCCGGCAUCCCCUGCCCGCACAGCGUUCUUCUACGCGACGAUCUACCUGGUGGCGCUGGCACAGGGCUUCCACAAGCCGAACGCGCAGGCCCUCGGUGCCGACCAGUUCCCCACGAGCGCCCCGGAGGGCGUCGCGUCCAGGAGCUCCUUCUUCAACUGGCUCCACUUCUCCAUGUCCUGGGGCUACAUCGUCGCCGUCGUCGCGCUGAGCUACAUGCAGGACAAUGUUGGCUGGGCCGCCGGGUUCGGCGCGUCCUGGAGCAUGAUGCUCGUGUCCCUGUCCGUCUUCUUGCUCGGCACGCGAAUGUACCGUGCGGACCGGCCACGCGACGGCCGUGCUCUCUCGCGGCUAACCAAAACGUUCGCGGCCACGGCGCGAGCAUGCGCGGACUGGAUCUUUCGUCGCAGGGGCACCAUGGAUACUGAAUGUUCACCGACGCCAAAAGAGCAGGACGGCAAGAGGGUUCUCGUCAAGCUGCUUCCGAUAUGGACGACAAGCGUCGUGUACGGAAUAGUCAUAGCGCAGGUUUCCACCCUCUUCACGAAGCAGGGCAGCACCAUGGACCGGCGCAUCGGGGGCCUCGUCGUGCCACCCGCCGCGCUGCAGAGCUUCACCGGCCUCGCCAUCAUCGCCUUCGUCCCGUUGUACGACCGCGCCUUCGUGCCCCUCGCGAGGCGCGUGACCAAACACCCUUCCGGGAUCACGAUGCUCCAGCGGAUCGGCGCCGGCAUGGCCAUGGCAUCCGUCGCCAUGGCCGUCGCGGCGCUCGUGGAAGCCGCGCGCCUCCGCGCGGCCAGUGACGCUGGCCUUGUCGACCGUCCGCAGGUGGCCGUGCCGAUGAGCCUGUGGUGGAUGGUGCCGCAGUACGUCCUGAUCGGACUCGCAGACGUGUUCACCAUCAUCGGCCUCGAGGAGUUCUUCUACAGCCAGGUGCCCGAAGCGCUCCGGAGCGUCGGCCUCGCGCUCUCCCUGAGCGCCAUGGGCGUAGGGAGCUACGCCAGCGGCAUACUCGUCUCGGCGACCGACUGGGUAACGAAGAGGACGGGGGAUAGCUGGUUUUCGGAAAAUCUAAACCUUGCGCACCUCGACUACUUCUACUGGGUUCUGGCCGGGCUUGCAGCUCUCGAGGUGUUCGUUUUCUUGUAUCUCGCCAAGGGAUACGUCUACACUGACAGAUGCGAACUCGAUGACACGAGUGUCUGA